AGCAUCGCCUACGAUAAGGAAACAAUUACAGCAAAUGACCCAGAUGAACAAUACAAAAUGGGCCAGCGUGACAAACUGAGUGCCGCUGAUGUUCUGUUGGCUAAUUUGAUUUAUAAUUGCUCAGCUGGGCCCAAAGUCAGCACAGAAUCAACGUUUCAGGCAGAUACCCAAUGUGUUUCUCCAUACAAAGUUAAUAGCCAGGCUAGUUUGAUGUGGGCGUCAUCUGUGCUACCCGACGUAGGCGAUACUGAAGAGUACUGGGUCGAUGGUAACAUUACGAACAAUUACAUUUGGUUCAGUGAUGGGUCAGAAAUGGUAGUUGAAUCAACUUUAUUUCAUUUGAAUGAACCAAGCGGGCGUGGUCAUUGUAUCCAAUUGCGCUUCAAGAAUGGUUACUGGGCAUUGGAGGAUAAUUCAUGUAACCACAAGCAGAAGUAUAUAUGUUCGGCCAUGCCUGUGAUUAGUUCUGACAUGGAGGUAUUUGAAUUUGCUCACAUAAUGUGUUCUUCUGGAUCUCUAUACCAAAUUACUGAUCUGGCUACUUUGGAGCGUGCACAGGUUGCUAUUGCAACAAAUGGAAUAGAUGGGAAAGUCUGGGUAGAUGGACAUAAGGAUAACAAUACAAUUACCUUCACCGGUGGUUCAACAAUCGCAGCUAAUCCAGCACUGUUCCACCAAAAUGGAAACAAUGGUAGUGGUUCCUGCCUCAUUUUAGAGUUUUCCAUUGAUGGAUGGAAAUUGAAUGCUGUUAAAUGCGACUCUUUUGAACAUUAUUUAUGUGUUGGUUAAAACGGUAGGUCAUUAUUAUAUGCAUACUAGUACAAUAAUAACAAUAAUACAGUUUUAUUACACCGUAAUGAAAUUACAAAUUCAUUUUUGGCUGAAAGUAAUAAAAGGUAAGUAAAAAGGUAAGUAAAAAACAAAAUGUUAAUAUAACAUAAGAUUAG